ACAUAUUUACAUGUAGUUCCUCUCUCUCUCCAAUAAUUUUUGUCUUUCACCAAAACAAUUAGCAACUCCUAAAGGAGAAAACCAGUGUCUCUUUCUUUUUUAGAGGUAGUACUCCACUAUAUAGCUCUCCUUAUUCUGCUAUACAAAUUCCCAACACUUGCCACAACUCCCCAAACACAUUUCAUAUAUAACUAAAACAACUAAAGAAAAACAAAAAACAUGGUCCUUCUUCUUCUUCUUCUUCUUCCAACAACAAAUCAUCUUCUUUCUGUCUCUUUCUUUGAUACUAAGUGACCCCUCUUCAAUAAAAGGCUCAUCUUUAUUUUCUUGUUUUAAUGGACUUUGGGGGUUUGGAUAGUGGUGGGGGUGGGGUGAUUUGUUCAGACAAUACUACUAUGUUUGUUGCCUCAGCUGAGACAAAGCAAAAAUGGUAUGGAUCUGGUGGAUUUAAUAAACAUGAAAGGUCCUCUGUUACUGAAGAUGAGUGGAAUAAGGAGAGUAAAUUAGCCAAGACAAGUGAUGAUUUUUCAUCUACUAAAGCUACCAUGAUGUUUCACCAGCUUCCAAUUUCUCAUGACAAUCAGCAAAUGCUUAGCUUUUCUGCACCCAACUCUCAAAAUCAUGUCACAAUGCCUUAUUAUAAUCAACACCCUUCAACUGCUUUUGCUAGAAACACUUCAGGUUAUGGUAGUGGAGCUUUGAAUGCUGGAAAUAUGCAUGGGUUAAUAGCAGGAAUUAAAGGGCCAUUCACUCCAUCACAGUGGAUGGAGCUGGAACAUCAGGCCUUGAUCUACAAGUACAUCACUGCAAAUAUUCCAAUACCCCCUUAUCUCCUCAAUCCUAUAAGAAAAGCUCUUGAAUCUGCUGGUUUCUCAACUUUUGCAGGCCUUAGACCCAAUGCUUUGAAAAUCCUAGAACAGUGGAUGAUCUGUGUCCUGGUUCUAUUGGCAGUGGGAUGGGGUGCUUUCCAUCUAGGAUUCUCCAAUAGUAAUGAUCCAGAGCCAGGGAGGUGUAGGAGAACAGAUGGUAAAAAAUGGAGGUGCUCAAGAGAUGCAGUUGCUGAUCAAAAGUAUUGCGAGCGACACAUGAACAGGGGCCGCCAUCGUUCAAGAAAGCCUGUGGAAGGACAAACUGGCAAUUCUGCCUCCGGAAACAACACCGGUGUUACUACUACUUCCGCCAAGCUGACCAACAUGCCAUCUGCAGCAUCUGCAGCUUUGGCUUCCGGAGGGGGCGCUGCAGCAUCCAACAGUCUCAAUCUCUCUCAUCACAAUCAACUCUCCAACUUGCAGCCUGCUGGAACUAAUCUGUCCACAACAUCCCCUUAUCUUGAGAGGAGUUAUACAGCCAAGGAAAAUUUUGGUGAAAGGUAUUCGGAUACAAAAGGCUCUUCAGUUGUUUCAGCAAGUGUAAAAGAGCCUCAAUAUUCAAUCCAGAAGGCGCAGAAUCUGUAUGGAUUAACCUCCAGGGCCGAAUUCGGAUUAGUUUGUGCAGACUCUUUGAUCAAUCCCUUGAAUAAAAAUUCUUCGCUAGUUAACUGCCGUGGCUAUGUCAAUUCAGAUGUCAGUGAUCAAGAAAGUAAAUCACAGCAUCAUCCUCUUCGACAAUUCAUGGACGAGUGGCCUAAAAACCAAUCUGAUCAAUCAAAUGUUUCAUGGCCAGACAUUGAUUUGCAGUCAGAUCCAACUCAGCUCUCCAUUUCCAUCCCAUUAGUCACAUCAGACUUCAUGUCUUCGACUUCCUCUCCCGCGAAUGACAAGCUCACGGCCUCACCACGUAGGUCUCGGGAGCAUGAAGCAACUCAAAUGGGACUAGGCAUUGGUACCAUCAUCAGUGAACAUAACCAAAGACAAGGAAGUUGGAUUCCUAUAUCAUGGGAAUCUUCCUUGGGUGGACCUCUUGGUGAGGUCUUGCAUAGCACUAAUAGCAGCUCAGGCGAUUGCAAGAACAAGUCAGCUCUUAAUCUCCUGACUGAAGGAUGGGAUAGAAGCCCUCGGAUGGGAUCAUCACCAACCGGAGUCUUGCAAAAGUCCUCCUUCGGUUCCCUCUCCAACAGCAGUGCAGGGAGCAGUCCUAGAGCAGAACACAGUAAGACAACGAACGAAGGCUCCAGUCUUUGUAAUGGCCUUCUUGGAACAACUCUUAUGAAUCCAACCCUACCUGCCAUGUAAUAUGUAAAACUAGGAACAUGCUAUUUUGCAACUCUUGAAGUGAGCUCUUUCCCUUUUUCCCCUUAAUGCUCACACCCUUUGCCAAAUCAAAUAUGUACUCAAGAUAUUAAAUGACUUAAGUAUUCCUGUUAAGAUUUGUUCAUUUGUUUACUUGUGUAACAUUUUCAACCUUGUCUAAAUAAUUCUCUUAA